AUGGCUCAAGAAGGCAUCUUCAGCGCCAACCUCCUCUCCCCUGAGGUCAAGGCUGCUCUGCCCGAUGGCUACACUCUGCGCGCUCUACGAAAGUCCGACUUUGACAGUGGCUUCCUUGACUGCCUGCGAGUCUUGACCACUGUUGGCGAGAUCAGCGAGGCCGACUUUGCGAAGCAGUACGACGACAUGGCCGUUGCUGGCAGCUACUACAUCAUCAUCAUUGAGGACACCACUCGCGCAGAGCGCCCUGUUGUUGGAACUGGGGCUCUCAUCGUUGAGCGAAAAUUCAUCCACAACCUUGGCGCCGUCGGCCACAUCGAGGAUAUCGCCGUCGCAAAGGACCAGCAAGGCAAGAAGCUGGGUCUCCGAAUCAUCCAAGCCCUCGACUACGUCGCUGAGCAGGUCGGUUGUUAUAAGAGCAUCCUCGACUGCAGCGAGGCCAACGAGGGCUUCUACGUCAAGUGUGGCUUCCGACGAGCUGGUCUCCAGAUGGCCCACUACUACGAGGGCACCAAGGGUAAAUCGCAGUGA